AUGCCUCAAUUUUCUACUCCCGUCACCCCUUUUCAUGAAUCUGAAGGUCCUCCCCAGGCCCUUCCAUUACUGACAUAUCAUAUGGAGAUGUUUUGUCAUACAUUAUCGCUCGUCUUGUUAUCUCCACAAGAAGAGAUAGCCUUCUCUACCCUUCCACUGAGGGGACGCAGUCCUACUCCUUCACGCAUCUUCACGAUCAUGUCUCAUGGAAUCACACCCAUCCCUCCUCCCACACCUACUCCCAAAGUCAUCAAAUUAGUCUCCUUCUCGCCAGAACAGUUCACACAGAACAGCGAGUCUGAGAAGGUGUCAACAUAUUCCUCCUUGUCCUCCAUAGAUUCCAAGGACUCCAAGAUCCCCAAACCGGAGGGUGAGGCUGGGCGUCCUGGCUGUGGUGGGUACAACUUGGAAAAGGUGCUUAACUGGGAUGCUGAGCGCUUCAAGAAUCUCAAAGAAUACGUUCACCAGUCUAUCGAGAAGCAUUGUCACGUUGGCAAAAGCAAGAAACUUCAAGCUCCGGCUGCUUUGCUUCAGGUUUAUAAAGAGGUAUCUCUGCGGUUGCUAUGGCUGCUUGAUAUUAACUUCUUUUCAAGGCUCUAG